CCGGACUUGGAUCCACACGCAACGGCAACCUCCGACGACGCAGGCCGACUGCCUCACUGUACAAGAUGCGUUCAGUGCGCUCCCUCAGCGUGCCCUCCAUCUCUGCGCAUCGAGCCAUGGCCACGCAAGCAAGUGUCCAUGCCCACCCUAAUUACGUGCGCAUCGUCGAGGUGGGCCCGCGAGACGGUCUUCAAAAUGAACCAAAAGUCGUACCAACGGCCAUCAAGCUAGAACUCAUCAAUCGGCUUGCUCGUACUGGACUACGGACGAUUGAGGCGACGUCGUUUGUGUCGAAGAAACAGAUCCCGCAGUUGGCAGAUGGCGAUCAGGUACUAACGACGCUCAAUCGCGCUGGCGCUCUUGAUUAUUCCAACCAGUACAUCCCACAACAUAUCAGCUACCCCGUCCUUGUACCCAAUGAGCGGUACUUCGAAGCGGCAGUCGCUUGUGGUGCUCGUGAGAUCGCCAUUUUUGGUUCAGCGAGUGAAGGCUUCUCCAAGCGCAACAUCAAUUGCUCUGUUGCAGAAGCUCUUGCGCGCUUCAGACCUGUUGCAAAGAGAGCUUUAGAACAAGGGAUUCGCGUGCGUGGCUAUGUCUCUUGUGUCAUUGCAUGCCCAGUGGAUGGCCCAACAGCACCGGAGAAGGUACUCUACGUUUGUCAAGAAUUACUGGCCAUGGGAUGCUAUGAAGUCUCACUCGGUGAUACCAUUGGCGUUGGUACGCCCUUUUCUGUGCGGAGACUUUUGGGUGCGCUCCUUCAUCACAUCCCAGCUGCAAAAUUAGCCGGUCACUUCCACGAUACCUACGGCCAAGGCUGCGCCAAUGUCCUCGUAUCUCUGGAGAUGGGAUUGCGCGUGUUUGACGCUUCCGUGGCAGGUCUGGGCGGCUGUCCAUUCGCAAAGGGCGCGACUGGUAAUCUAGCGACAGAGGAUCUGGUGUACAUGCUGCAAGAGAGUGGCUACAAUACUGGGGUGGAUCUGCUUGCGCUGGCGCACAUUGGAGAUUGGAUCUCAAGGGAGCUGAAGCGGGAACCAUCAAGAGCUGGAAAUGCACUCAUCAGACGUGCGAAGUUGUGAAUGGCUGAUGUCCUUCAACUUUUGCAUACACGGGCGUCUGACUUCAUCAGCAAUGGAGCCUGUCGAGUGAGGCGAAUCAUGUUGUAUUUUUCUGGUGACCUGUCAUCUUCUCAUCUCAUCUACUCAUAUAUUAUUGGAAAAGGUCAAAAGCUGACCGGAAACAAGGCAACAAUGGCCGCUUUCGGAAAGAUUAAGCGACGCGCACAGGUAAAGAAAUUCGAGCGCUGCUGCCUGCUGCUGCUGCUUCCAGAAAUUCACGUGACAUGUCCAGAGAAACGCCUAGAACCUUGCUACUCUCAAAAGCGGGUCACAGAUGACCGCUCCCUUUUCACUGCAGAUGCUUAUGCAAUGGCCAAACCAUCGGAAAUGCAGGCUGCUGCUCAUGCUGCGAGACGUCUGCUGUCAAUCAAAUUGAGCUACUGGUUACAGCUAGCUGUCAUCGCCAGUAUUGCAAUGUAACUUCUGAUUGGGAG